AUGUCCUUGCCAUACAAAAUGAUGCUAGACUCUUUACCAGUAGAGGUUAUAGAGAAAAUACUUGAAUAUGUCAAAUUAGAAGGAUUGAUCCAAUUGAUAGAACAUAAUCAAUUCUUAUCUCAGAAUUUAAAUAUAAAGGCAGCCAUGAAUCAAUUAAUUUGCAACACGAAUAUUUCCUACAAUAAUAGAAUUACUCAGCCAUCAUUCUUACAUAUGUAUUGUCGAACUCCAACUUAUAUUGAUAAGAACUCCUUACAAUUCCUUCCUCGAAUAUCUUCCCUUUUUAAUAUAAUUGACUAUUGCAUAGAAGAGCAUCUUCAAUCAUCAAUUACAAUUAGUUUCUAUAUUUGGUUAUUGAAAGAUAUUGAUGAAUUUUUACUGACCAUUACCCUGAUAAACAACAGUGUAGAUUCAAAAAUGCGUUUUAAUAUCGAAAUUGAAUUCAAUCGUGGAUUGUUAUACAACUUAAGUUUAAAUUAUAUCUUUGACGUUUUAGCAGAUCAUUUGGGUCAAGGGAUUGAAUCAAUUACAGUCUAUAACUAUAGUGGAAGCUUCACAUUUCAUAUUGCCCGUUUUCCAAAAUUACGAAAUAUUUGGUUUGAAGAUAGUAACGUUAAAUUUGGACAAAGCUUUCAAUUUGCCACUGAUAUGAAGACUUUGACAAUACAUCCAAAUCUGUUUGGUUGGAAUAAUAAUCAUCCUGUAUACUUGCAUAAAUCUGUGCCGCAUUCUUUACAACGAUUAAAGUUAGGUAGUUGUGUAAUUAAAGAAAAGUCUAUUAAUUAUGGAAUUCCUCAAGAUCUAGAAUCACUCGAUUUAACCAGAGUAGGUGAUCGUACUGAUUUUCAAUAUAUCAGACCAUUAAUUGAACAAAAUUUAUCAAAUAAUCUAAAGGAAUUGAGUGUUGAUUAUUUAUGGGGAGCCGAAAGUCGUGUGAUGGAUUUGGAUAUAAUAUUAUUUGAUAUACCAGAGAAUUUCCAAAAAAUGCAACAAUUAAAUAGAUUUGCAAUUAUUGGAUUGAAUAGAAGUAUUGAUUUCUCAUCAUUCAAAUUAACCGACCUUACAAUCAAGGGUACUCAACACUCAAGAAUCAUAAAUGAAUGUCAUUUUCCAAUAACUUUGAAAAAAUUAGAUAUUAGUAAUAACCAUCUAGCUGAUUUAUCUAACAUUGAUAAAAACCUACCUGAACUUUUAGAACAUUUAAAUAUUGCCGAUAAUCCAAUUGAUUGGGAUUUGUAUAUUCCAAAAUUUGAAAAAUUUAACAAGUUAAAGAAUUUGAAAUUAUCGAAUACUCACGUAAGAUCACAUUUGACAAAGAUCAUAUUUCCCGAUUCAAUCGUGGAGUUAUCUUUGGAAGUCAAUCAAAUAUCUUCAAUUGAAAAUGUCCGUUUCCCUGAAAAUCUUUCCAAUUUGGGAAUUGGUUCAAAUUUGAUUAAACAUGUCCAUCGACCAAGUUUUCCGCCGGGGUUAAAGACAGUUCAUUUGACGGAAAAUAAAUUAUCGGGUCCAUUGGACCUAUCGAAGAACAGUUCGGGAAAAGAAUUGAAUAUCGAAAUCCUUUAUUUGAAUUAUACGUUAUUAUCAAACAUUCAAGAGAUUAAUUUACCCAAUAAUUUAAGAAUAUUAAAUUUUGAUUAUUGUAUAAUGAAAAAUAUAUCAAAUAUCGAAUUCCCAGCAUCAAUUCUUGAAUUAAGUUUAAGUGCUUGUGAGAUAUCCACUAUGAAGAACAUUUCAUGGGAAUCAGGGUCAAGAUUGAGAUAUAUUUGUUUAUCCCACAAUGAACUAUCGAAAUUUGAUAUUAAAUUCCCGCCAUCGGUAGAAACGAUUAAUCUUGCCGGUAAUAAGAUUUCCACCGUUAAUCCUAACGUAUUCAAUAAUCUCGAAAAUUUACAAACAUUAAUCCUUUCUUCGAAUAAAUUUGAAAGAUUUGUUUAUCAAUUCAAUUCAAUCAGCUUACGAAGUCUAGAUUUAUCAUUUAACAAUAUUAGGAUCUUAAAUGUUGCAUUUCCAAAGAAUUCAAUUACCGAACUUCGAAGCAUUAACUUAUGUCUGAAUAAAUUGACGAAUUUAACCCCUGUUAUGAUAGGACAUGAUAGAGACUUGACGUUUCAUAAUAAACUUAUUGAAAUUGAUAUUACAGAUAAUAGAAUCAAGGCUGAUGAUAUAGAGAAGACAGUAGGUGAAUUUCCUUCCAGUCUAAAGUGUUUAUUUGUGGGUUAUACGGGAGAAAGAGAUAGGUUUGGGUAUGAUAUUGCUAGUAAUAUUAUUGAAGGUAGAUAUUGCCCUACUAAAAGAGUUGAUGUUCCAAUUCAUGAAUAG